AUGUCAAAAAAAAAUAUUAUCUUCCAUCCCAUAAUCAGCUCUAUCCAACGAAUCGCUUUAUAUGAAACUAAAGCCAGAUUUUAUUUAAUAGGAUCUAAUAACACACAGACACGAUUUCGUGUCUUAAAAAUAGACAGAACUGAUUCAAAGGAAUUAAUACUUGUUGAUGAUAAAGUUGAAUAUAAUAAACAAGAAAUUCAUCAAUUACUAAAUAUGAUUGGGCUUGGUAAUAGAAGUGGCAGAUCUCCUGGAUUAAAUAAACUUGUUUCAGCGUUUGGGAUUGUAGGGUUCAUACGUUUUUUAGAAGGUUAUUAUAUAAUUCUUGUUACAAAAAGAAGAAAAAUAGCUGUAAUUGGUUCACAUUCCAUCUACAAAAUUGAAGAUACAGCUAUGAUAUACAUUCCAAAUGAUAGCAGUAAGCCUCCACAUCCAGAUGAACAGAGAUAUGCAAAAAUGUUCUUAGCUAUAGAUCUAUCAACAAAUUUUUACUAUAGUUAUAGCUAUGAUGUCACUCAUACUUUGCAAAUGAAUAUGGCUCCUCCAAGGAAAUUAGCUCCUGCUUUAUUUCCAAAACCAGUCACGGCUGCAGUUUAUCAAUCAAAUUUAAAGUCUGAGAAAGAAGAAUGCACUUGUGCCAGCAAACAAGGUGAUGAAGAUAUAUUUGAGACUUGGAAAACACAACUGCAAGAGAGACAUAAUAAGACUGGGAACCAAAAUUCGAAACUUGAGUUUGGUGUAAGAACUGUUCCAGAAUGGAGGUUCGUUUGGAAUAGUCACCUUUUAUCGGUCGUACAUUCCCAAUUGCAUCCUGAUUGGAUUCUCUAUAUCAUACAUGGGUUUAUAGAACAGAGUAAUUUGAACAUAUUUGGAAGGCCAAUAUACUUAACGCUUAUUGCAAGAAGAAGCAAUAGAUAUGCCGGCACGAGGUUCCUGAAGAGAGGAGCCAACAUGCAUGGGGAUGUUGCCAACGAAGUGGAAACAGAACAAAUCGUUCAUGACGCUAUGAUAUCUUCUUUUGCUGCUGGCAGAUUCAGUUCCUUUGUCCAAAUGAGAGGAUCGAUUCCUAGUUUCUGGUCACAGGAUAUAUCUAAAAUGGUACCAAAACCUGCCAUUAUGAUAGAUCGCAGCGACCCAUACGCCGAAAUUCCUGCGAAACAUUUCAACAAUCUAAUGCAAAGAUAUGGAUCACCUAUUAUGAUACUCAAUUUAGUGAAGAAAAGGGAAAAGAAAAAACAUGAAUCUCUACUAACAGAAGUAAUAAGUAAUGCUGUGAAAUAUCUCAACCAAUUCUUGCCUCCGGAACACGCCAUUCAGUACUUCCACUUGGACAUGGCCAGGAUGAAUAAAGGGGCAGAUGCUAAAGUGCUUGACAAAUUAUCCGCCAUAGCUCGAACGGUAGUACGAAGGACGGGUAUAUUUCUCAGUGGGAAAAACUAUGGUGAAGAAAUGGGAGUAGAAGGGCAUCAGGCGGGUAGGCUUCAGACGGGCCUCGUGCGGGUCAACUGUGUGGACUGUCUCGAUAGAACUAAUACUGCUCAAUUUGCUAUUGGGAAAUGUGUUUUGGCUCAUCAGCUAUAUGCAUUAGGUCUUAUUGAAGAGCCUGUGAUUGAAUUUGAUUCAGACUGCGCGAGACUCUUAGAGGGCUUAUAUGAAGACCACGGGGAUACAUUAGCGUUGCAAUAUGGAGGAUCACAGCUGGUUCAUAGAAUAAAGACUUAUCGGAAAACAGCACCCUGGUCUUCCCAUGGCAACGACAUAAUGCAAACCUUAAGUCGUUACUACUCUAAUACAUUUUCCGACGCGGAGAAGCAAAAUACAAUGAACUUGUUCCUAGGCCUGUUCGUGCCGGACGCCAGCCGACCGACCAUAUGGGAGUACCCCACGGACUACUACUUGCAUCAUCCUGAAACUAUGGUGUAUAUACCUAAUAAUAGAUCACUAACAAAGUGGUGGGACGACGAAGUGUUAAAGUUCCUACCGCGGCCGAGCAACGAGAUGCGCAAGCUGUGCUGCGAGAUCAUCGGCAUGCAGGGCGACGGCGCGCUCGAGAUGAUCGACCCCUACCACGAGCACACGCGCCCCUUCGAGUACACCGUGUUCACCGACUGCUUCGAGUUCAAGAUGUACCAUACAUUACGGGACCUGGCGCCGAGUUCUUAUGAAAGUCUGAGCCCAUUCGUAGUGCGCGGUCGCUCCGUGGGGCAAGUGAAGGGGCCCAGCUCUAAGAAUCCAGUGAUAAGUGGAAGAUCGAGUACUACAUCCAAUAAUUCUAGCGAUUCAAACAGUGAUUCCACGUCGGAUGACGACCUCACAAGUUCUACGCCGAGCUCCCGCCAACCCGCCGUGUCUCCCAUUACUAUGGUGGCGAAACUUCUAGAAGAAAAUGAUACUGAAGAAACGCUUCCAUUUCCAGCCAUAAAACGGUACAACAGUAUUAAAUUACAAGAACCCAGCAGACUCGACAUGCUAUUAUACAAACGUUAUGUAAACUUCGAACGUAGGUCUAAUCCGCGGUAUAAAUCGGACCUCCACAUAGUGAUGACAGUAAGUAGUGCAUUCACCAUCGACAGCUCCAUAGAAGUCAUCCCUCCCACAGUCAGCAAGGCCUCCAGAAAUAUCUAUGAAGAGUACGUGAAUCGCACUAACGGCAUCACAGUACCGCCAGAGUCUAUCGCGCUUUAUGAGAGAUAUGUUAAUUUUUAUUUA